GGGAGUGUGUGUGUGUGUGUGUGAAAGAGAGAGAGAGGGAGUGACAACAGAGGAGGAGAAGACGAUCAUCAGGUGCAGAGCCAGAGCCAGAGUGAGUGAGUACCUCUCCCCAAUCCUCUCCUCUCCUCUCCUCAUCACCCUGCUGGAUCGGCUAUAUAAUCCUCUUAAGAAGCUCUCAGUGUCAGCUCUCGGUGUGGUGUCUCCAUUCAUUUUGCUUUUGUUGCUGUGUAGUGAUGGACGCAGCAGAGUUCCGGCGGCGGGGGAAGGAGAUGGUGGACUACAUAGCGGAUUACAUGGAGAACAUAGAGCAGAGGCAGGUCUACCCGGACGUGGAGCCGGGCUACCUCAGGGACCUGAUCCCACAGGAGGCCCCCGAGAGCCCAGAGGCAUAUGAGGCCGUGGUCAAAGACAUCGAGAGAGUCAUCAUGCCAGGGGUGACCCACUGGCACAGCCCAUACUUCUAUGCUUACUUCCCCACGGCCAGCUCAUUUCCGGCCAUGCUGGCCGACAUGCUGUCUGGGGCCAUUGGCUGCAUCGGCUUCUCCUGGGCUGCCAGCCCGGCGUGCACGGAGCUGGAGACGGUGAUGCUGGACUGGCUGGGGAAGAUGCUCAAUCUGCCUGAGGACUUUAUCGCUGGCACCGCUGGGAAGGGAGGUGGAGUCAUACAGGGCAGUGCCAGUGAGGCCACAUUGGUAGCCCUUCUUGCCGCGCGCCACAGGAAGGUGCAGCAGAUGAGGAGGGAGCAGCCAGACAGGCCUGAGGCAGACAUCGUCUCCAAACUAGUCGCUUACACUUCAGAACAGGCACACUCCUCUGUUGAGAGGGCUGGUUUAAUUGGUGGCAUGAGGAUGCGUAAGGUUCCCACUGAUGAGAAAUUUGCCGUGGGGGGUGAAGCUUUGAGGAGAAUCAUUCAAGAGGACAGGAAGGCUGGCCUAAUCCCCUGCUACUUCUGUGCUACCCUGGGAACGACACCUUCUUGUGCUUUUGAUCACAUUUUAGAACUGGGCCCACUAUGUAAUGAUGAAAAUGUAUGGAUGCAUAUCGAUGCUGCCUACGCAGGGAGCUCCUUCAUCUGUCCAGAGUUCAGGCCUCUUCUAGAUGGAGUUGAGUUUGCAGAUUCUUUCAAUUUCAAUCCUCACAAAUGGCUUUUGGUAAACUUUGACUGCUCGACGAUGUGGGUGAAGAGGAGAUCAGACCUGAUCGGGGCUUUCAGAAUGGAUCCAGUCUACCUAAAACACGACCAUCAAGAAUCAGGGUUGGUCACUGAUUAUAGGCACUGGCAGAUUCCGCUGGGUCGCCGCUUUCGCUCUCUGAAGAUGUGGUUUGUCUUCCGCAUGUAUGGAGUCAAAGGCCUUCAGGACUACAUCCGUCAGCAUGUGCAUUUAGCGAAACAGUUUGAAGGUAUGGUUCGGAGUGAUCCACGUUUUGAGAUCAGCGCGGAUGUAGUCUUGGGCCUUGUCUGCUUCCGACUGAAGGGAUCAAAUGAACAGAACGAAACUCUGCUGAAGAACAUCAACAGUGCCCGGAGGAUACACCUGGUGCCGUGUCAGCUGGCGGGCAACUUUGUGCUGCGUUUUGCCGUCUGUGCCCGUACCACGGAGAUGAGACAUGUGCAGGAGGCCUGGCAGCAUAUUAGUGACCUGGCAUCCGAACUUCUGCUCAAGCACCCGCACUGACCAGCCAGCAGGCAGCCGCUGUCACCUGGGGGCAAGCCAAUAUUUCACUGUACCGCUGCCACUCUGCUUACUGUGUGUAUACUGUGUGUGUGUAUAUAUAUUUGUGCAUCUGUAAAAAGGUCUGUGUGUGUGCGUGCGUGUGUGCAUAUGUUUCGGCCCAUGACAGGAAUGUUUGCCCAUGCGCAAACGGUAUGUGUCAGCGCAUGAUAGAAAUUGCUGGCAAGUGUUAAAGAAGCAGCCUAGACAAUGUACUUGAUGGCCCUCGUAACAAAGGUAGUCUAAACUAGUAAAAACUAAGAAAAAAGAAAUCUUAUCAUCCUUGAGACACAAGGCACAAGCAAGUUCACUCCAUAUCUUGUGUUUGUGAUACAGGGUGGUAGAAAUCCUUUAAAAACACACUGUUUACUUAAACAUAUUUGUUUUGUAUUGAAUUUACAGUUAGAUUUAUUUAAAAAAAUGCCACUUUUCACUGAAUAAAAUUGUAAGACAAUGUCAUAAUAUAUCCUAAUCAAAAUGUUACGUACUGUAUGUCCACUGCAUACCAUGAUGCCCAGUGGUUAAACAUUUAGAGGGAUAAUUGCAGAGGAGUUCACUAGACUGGAAAUACUUUUCAAUGUUAUUUAAAUGUUUAAGAUUUAUACCCCGCCUCAAAAAAGAUCUGUGGAAAGGAUUUAUUACACAGCUAAGUCACAAUAUACCAAAGAAAAGAAAUGAACAUUUAACAUGGGUGCACUACACAUAUACUAUGUGGACAAUUGUGCAUUUGAUUUUGCUUAAACUUACCACCAGUGUAGCCAAAUGCAACACAUUAGAACAUUUUUUGUCAGUUGUGAUGAAUGUUGUGUGACAGGUUCAACUCGUCGAUGGUCUGACUAAUACAAGUAUUUAUUUGUAAAUGUCUCUUUGCCUUAAUGUUAUGCCUAAAUGUCUUGUAAAGCACAUGUGUCCUGUUCCAUUGUAGGAGCCUGCAUGUUUCAAAUAGGAUGUGGAAAACUAUGUGUGCUUGUGAACAUUCCAAUCCAUCCCUGUCAGUGGGUGCAGUUACAUUCACAUAGUAUUCGAGUUUCACACAGAAUAUUGUCAGUAUUAGGUUUGAAACAAUCUACAGAAUAUUCUGUUUACAUGUGUGGAGAGACAUUCUGCCAUCAGAAUAUGCCUGGAACAUGGCCAUGAUUCUAAUUUAUAAAGAGUCUAGGCUACAUUACUCGAGCGCAAACGGAAUACUGCCACCAUUCCAUUUCCUUCUAUGUAGUUUCCACAUAUUUAACUGUGUGCAUUGUUGGAGAGGUGCUAAAUUAACGUAAGAAACUUUUUGGAGCUUGAAAGCGUUUCACAAAAUUUUCAGUUCUGGCCUGCUGAUACUGUGGUGGGGGUGGGGGGGACCAGGAUCCACCAGACAGAUGGUGCACACAAUUUAGUAACUUAACUAGCUUACAACUUUCAUGGCUGGAUUGAUCAUAGGGCAUACAGGCCAUUUGCCCAGUGAACUGUGUAUGAUUUUGGCCCGACCCUCCCCACAAUAGUACACAACUACAGCAGGCCUGUCUGUAACGGUCAGAUAAAUAAAACAUUUUGGCUGUUGUGGUGGAAAUAGCUGAUAUUAGAUUACUUAAAUGUCGGCACAGGCUUCAUUGUCUCUCUCAGUGCCUGGUGGACUGGUCUUGUCUGAAAAUGCUAGCAGUCUAGCCCUGUCAUACAGCAAUGUGUAUGUAUCUUCAUCCCAAGAAGCUCUCAAUCUCUCUCACUCUCUAAUCACUCCAAUUCACAACCUGACGUGUUAAAGGGUGAGUCAUGUCAUAGGAUGAGGGGCAUUGAUGCCGUUGUUAACGGUUCAUAUUCAGAUAGUAGCUAUAUAAAGCCUAAAGGAAGGAAACAUUAAAAAAAGCGUCCAACGUCAAGACCUGUUGCUUCAAAUGUAGUCCCUUGCGCAAGGCAGUACGUAUGUGUAUAUUACAUUACAUGUGUUGUAGAUGUUAUGGUGUUCCAAGUGUCAAGGGAAGCGACGAAGAAAUCCCAUAGA